AAACAAUAAUACCAACACCUUUGUAAUUAACAGGUGAAAAUGUUAGAAAUGCGAAUAUGCGGCUAAAAAUAGUGAAUUCUAUCGUUUCCAAACAAUUUUCAUCCUCAAAGACUUUUGUCAUGGCACCAGAAAGAUGUGCCACUGCGAAAGACUUGUUGAAGAAAUUCUACCAUCUUCAGGAGGAACGAGUACAGACCUAUGCAUUAUUUGAGGAGACCUCUGUUGUAAAGAAUUCACAUUAUGCAUUUUCUUGUGACCUUGACCUUGUACUAUCUCUUUUUUUUUACCUUGACCUAUGUCACACCAGAGGUUUCCAAGGCUACUUGAAAGGCAAGCCCAACUACAACUUUCCCCUGUUCAGGCAACUGGUGCAUGAGAUCACCGAGACAUUCCAGAAAAUUUCACAGGACGUUAUAGUAUUGAAGAAGGAAUUGGCAGAAAUCCAUCAACAGAAUCUUCUAGCAGACUGCAUCGAUAACAUCCAACAACAGGAAAAGGACAAACUAGAAGUUGUUGCCCAGUUGCAGUUAUUGCGUCAAAAAGUGCAGGACUUUCCUAAUGAUGAACACCAUGAAGAGGUUAAAGAGAAAAAAGUGAGGUUGCAGCAGAUCAAUAACAAUAUCUGUUCACAUAUGGAGGACUUCAAGUAUGAAGCUGAAGAUCUCUACCAUUGAAACCAUUACCAUCUACCACAGCUUAUAUCACUGCCAACCAACUCUUUGUCUUUACACUAGCCACAUCACUGACUGAAGCUGGCAUGGUUAUAUAUCUCUGACCGUCAGCACCAUGUCAUGCCAUUCUGUUCAAGCCUACCACUGACACCUAAGACUAUACCAUUGCACAUGCUAAUAACACUUACAAUUGCAAAUACUGUAUCAUCUCAUUGUUUUGUAUCGCUGAUGUUAUACCCUACUGUCAGGCUUACAUAUAUGUAUAUGGGAGGGUAAUUGUGCCAAUAAUAAACACAUGCACUGAUUCGUUUUCACUUCGUUAAUAGUUGUCAGUUGGUUAACCAAGUAACCAGUUGGUUAAUUAAUUAUUUCCUUACUUAUUCUGUCAGUCAGUCAUUCAGUUAUGUUUGACAGAACCCUGAAUGUGACCUGGGAGUAGAAAGGGCAUGUCAUUCAAGACGUCACAAACGGUGAUAAAAGGGUAUUUAGCAAGCACAACUGAUUGAUCAACCGAAUGAUCAGUCAAACAAUCGAUUAGAUAAUUAGUUAGAUAGUUAACAAAUUGACAAAUAACAAAGAAGUGAAAUAAAACCAGUGUGCGUGUUUUUAUUAGCCUAAGGACUCUCCCAACCAAGAUACAACAAAUUUUAUUUCAGCACACAAGUUCACAUCAAGAAUACAAACCAAAUACAAAAACGAAACGUAUAUAUAUAUAUAUAUAUUAUA